CACAGGGGUCGAUUUAUGAUAGGCCACUUGCAGCCAUACGACCCGCCCCCCGUCCUGCUCACUGCUGUUAGGUGUUCGCUGCUGUUCUUCGCCUCUCGCUUCACUCUGUCAAAUCGGAUCAGUUCGUGGAGCAAUCGGAUCUCAGGAGCUCGUAUCGGUGAGGAAUUACAUCGUCGAUCCCCCUGCUGCACACGACCCUUCAGCACCGCAGCCCGUGACUGUCGCGUAUCCCCCUGCAUUUCUGACUUCAGUCACACAAACAUGGAUAAAGCUGUGGAUAAAGCGGAUCUUAUUCAGAAGGCCAAGCUGGCCGAGCAGUCCGAGCGCUACGAGGACAUGGCAGAAUUCAUGAAGAAUGUCACAGAGAUUUCGACGGAGGAAUCUCCGCUGCUGAACGAGGAGCGGAACCUGCUGUCCGUCGCCUAUAAAAACGUGGUCGGGGCGAGGCGGUCCGCGUGGAGGGUGUUGUCCAGCAUCGCGACGAAGACCGAUAAAGUCCAGGGGUCUAAGCUGCUGCUGGUGACGGAGUAUCGGGAGAAGGUGGAGAAGGAGCUGCAAGAGAUCUGCAACAACGUUUUGAAUCUGCUGGAUAAUUAUUUAAUUCCACACUCCAAAAAUGGGGAGAGCAAGGUCUUCUAUCUAAAAAUGAAGGGGGACUACUUCAGAUACCUUGCUGAGGUUGCCAGUGGAGAUGACAAAAAAAAGACCAUCGGUGACUCACAGGAAGCAUACGAUAAGGCAUUUCAAAUCAGCAAGGAAAAAAUGGACCCCACACAUCCCAUCCGCUUGGGCUUGGCACUUAACUUUUCCGUCUUCUACUAUGAGAUCCUCAACAACCCAGAAGAAGCCUGCCAAUUGGCCAAACAAGCAUUCGAUAAUGCCAUUGCAGAGCUUGACCAGCUGAGUGAGGAGUCCUACAAAGACAGCACUCUUAUCAUGCAGCUCCUCAGAGACAACCUGACAUUAUGGACCUCAGACAACGCUACAGAGGGGGAAGAGGGCGGAGAAGGUAACGAGGAGAACCAGAAUGAGAACUAAAACACAAGCCCUCAAUGUUGGGUUCAUCUCCUAAAAUGACAAAAGGAAAAAAAAAACUUUUUACACAUCCUUCAUUCCUUAUUGCUCCACUCAAACAUUCUACCAAUGAAACCCACUGCUGAAAAGAGUUGUGUAAGGAAACAAAUGAGAAAAAUCAUUCUUUUCACAUGGCUGAUUUUGACAAAUGGUGAAAAACAAAAAAAAAGAAACCCUCCAUUCUUCUGGUUUGUGCUUGCCCUGGCCUUCCCAUGUGUGCAGUUUCAGCUGUAGAAAAGUGAUUGGUAGCUUGACAAUGGUAUCAGACUCCUAGCUCAAUUUAGAGGCUGAGAAAAAAUUAUGUCCCAUCAUUGAACAAGCCUAAGUCCCAUCAUUGAGAGAUUUGGAUUUUCAUUUUCCCCCAAUAAGAAAUGUUGGAUAUAAAAAUUUGUUUCCCCUAUAGCUUUUUCGUAGUGCGUCUGUCUCUACAAUUAUGUGGUACGGUUACAGCAGCUGAAGUCCAACAUCAAACAAAUGUAAUUUUCAUACUGCAGGGAAAGCCAGUGCACUUUACAUGCUGGCAACAAUACUAUAACAGAGCUAAGUAGUGCCCAUUGGUGAAAUCCUCACUUUCUGCCCUGGUUAUGAUGCCACUCUAUCACUGAAGCAUGUCUUUUUGUGGGAGAAAAUGGUGGUGCUUGUCUGACCAAACACAGGGACCUUUUUAAUGGGAAGAAGACAAUUCUGUCAUGCAUGUCUCUUCAGAUAUUACACUGGAAUGGGAACAAUUGCUGUAACACACACAAGUCCAUGUGUCAGUUUUAGUAAUUUUCAAUGCAGGUUUGUACACAUCCUACAUGAGGGUGAUUUGUUAGUCUGUCCAGUGAUUGUCAUUAGAGAUUUGGACCACUAUUGUUUUGCUAUUCAUUCAAUUGUAGCCCCCGAAAGCCUUGUGGAACUGUUUGAAUCCCUAUGUAUCAGCUAUGUUAACAUGAAUAAAACAUUUUAUAAACCAAA